GCUCUUCGCCGCCUUUCAUGAAGUUAUUUGAGCGAUCACAGAUUAAAACCCGUGCUUGAACUUAUCAAGAACGUCUUCUAUCGCGCCGAUGUCUGUACUUCUUCGCAGAAGAAGCGUUCUUCUGCUGUGGUUCGGUGUUCGAUGGAGAGGGCAUAGAAAGUCUUGGGGUGACCGAUAUGGAUCGAAGAGACUCAAGUAAUGUCCGCCCGCUAAACGCUCUCUUGUCUCUUCCACGAAACGAAAUAUCAGAGAACCAGAUACGUGAAGCAUAUCGCUCAGUUGUCGAACAGUAUACCGAAAGCAAAUUGUCUUAUCCAGGAGACAUUUUGAGUGCGUUUGCCGGAAUAGCCGCUUUGAUGGAACAGGCUCUAGAACACCAAGGAUGCAUUAGUACUAUCACAUAUGGCCUUCCAGAGCACAAUAUCUACGAAUUCCUGUUCUGGAUUCCCAAGAAGACAACGCUCCGCCGACAACCACCAGUUUUCCCUUCCUGGUCCUGGGCUGGAUGGAUCGGAGGUGUCACAUAUGAAGACCGUCUCGACUAUUUCGAUCCUGCUCAUAGCAGAAUCCUGCGAUGUGAUCUUGGUUACGUAGUGACAGAUGAGACAAUACAUGCAUUGGCGUUUGACCAAAAGGCUAUUUCUGUCUGUCUCUGGGAAGGCUUACCUUCAAAGGAGCUAUUCCAUCUCAGUGUCUGCAGACAUGACUACGAACUACUGGGAAUCCGUUCGUGGAAUGUUUCAUUUUUAUGCUCGAACCAUUCCAUCUAGCGCUUUUGGCCUCUUUCAUAGCCUUCAAGAUGGCGCCCCCUACGCCGACGAGUCCUACCCUCGAACAGUUCGGAAUGAACGAGACUUGGCUUGGUGCAACAAGAUUGCGUUGAAUAGCGAUUUGUGUGCUUCC